AUGGUUGACGGACCAAAUAACAUAGAUGAAGUAUAUAAGUCAGUGCACUGCCAGCAGUGGUUGAAUGCCAUGGCUGGAGAGGUUAAGAAAGAUGCACAUGGUAACGUAGAGAGAUUUCGCGCGAGAUUGGUCGUGAAGGGCUACGAUCAACGUCCCGGUCGUGAUUUCGGUGAAACCUUCUCGCCGGUUGCACGUUUUGAUACGAUCAAGACCCUACUGGCUAUUGCAGCCAAAGAAUCUCUAGCACUAUAUCAGUUCGACGUCAAGACAGCAUUCUUGAAUUCGGAGCUUAAUGAGGAAGAGAUCUCUCACGUGCCUCUUAUCCUGAUGUCCCCACCUCUCGUGGUACAACUGCAGCAACGAAUCAUCUUUUUCACUUGCAUUGACCUCUUUUGGAAGGCGAAUUGGCACGAAAUCGACUUCAUACAGAGAGCCACCCUCUUCACGGUGUCCUCUGAGAACGACUCGGCCCUCAAUCAUGAAAUUGCACGUCCUCACUUCAGAGACAAAUCUGCUAUUCCUGUUCCUAUCGUGUGCAGCUAG